ACAGUCUCUCUCUCUCUCUCUCUCUCUCUCUCUCACAUGAAUACAACAAGGGUGUGCUGGUAGACACAAUGACACUUACCCAUUGAAGUAGAUCUGAAAUCUACCACACUCUUCCCCUUACAGAUAGAGAGAGAUUACAGAGAGAAACAGAGAAAGAGAAGCACAUUCACAGAGAGAGAGAGAGUGUGUGUGCGUGUAAGAGUGUUUAGUAUUAGCUUUAGACCAAGCCCGCUUGUUAUAUUUCAAACCCUACUGAUUCUCUUAACCCCACACUCUCUCACUCUUAGGAGUGAAAACCCAAAACCCAGAAGCACACCAAAAAAAAAACUGAAUACCCAGAAGGUCAUGGAUCCACUUGAAGCAACAAACGUAGUGUUCUCAAAGAUCAAAUAUUUAGAGCCAGAAAACGCCUCAAAAAUCAUGGGUUACCUCCUCAUACAAGACCUAGGCGAGAACGACUUGAUACGGUUGGCUUUUGGGCCAGAAGCAUAUCUCCACACGCUCAUUCUCAAAGCCAAAACUCAUUUAGGACUUUCAUCAAACACUUCAUCUACACCUUCAACUCCUUCCUCUCCUUCCCCUCUUAACCCCAUAGCUAGACCAACCAACAUCAACCCAUUUUCACACUCCUCACCUAGACUUCCAAACGGCUUUGACUUUCCCAAAAAUCCAUCUUCUCCUUCCUCAAAUUCCUGGCCGCUUUCUGCUUUGCAAAACAACAAUAACAACCCCAUUAGCCCAAACUCAAGCCCUUUGCUUUCGUACGAUAAUAUUCGCUCCGCCUCGCUUGCUUUGCCUUCAUUCCCACAUCACAAAAACGGUUAUGAAGCUACUGCUGGUACUGUCACUAACACUGAGCUCAUAGACGAGCACCAACUCAACGAGUACCUCUCUUUCCUAAACGAUUCGUCGUCUUCAGAUUUGCUUGAUUUGGGUCAUGGAGUGCACAAUUGGGCACAUUCGGGGAAUAAUGGGGAGACCCAUUUCCACAAAAGGAGUUACUCGGCUAGUGAUGUGUGUUUCGGGUCAGAAGAACCCGGUUUAGGAACUGGGUACAAGCCUUGCCUUUACUUUGCUAGAGGGUUUUGCAAAAAUGGUAGUAAUUGCAAGUUUGUGCAUAGUGGUAGUGGCUUUGCCGAGUCUGUGGAUGGUGGUCCCACCAUUGUGGGUUCACCUAGUAAGUUUGAGGAGUUUGAACUUCAUGAAGAGAUGAUGAGAUUGAAGGCCGCACAGGCACAGCAACAAAGAUUGGCUGCUGCACAACACUUCAUGGCUGGUGGUGGAGUGUCACCUUCACAUUCACACUCAGCUUAUACCAAGUACAUGAAUUUCCUCUUGCAACAACACAAUGACCCCCAGAGAGCGGCGGCAGCUGCAGCAGCAGCCUUUAUGAUGGGGGAAGAUUUUUAUAAGUUUGGCCGGUGCCGACCAGAAAGGAAUGAGUUUUUGGCAAUGGCGUCUGCAGAAAAGGCGAACUCAGCUUCUAGGCAGAUAUACUUGACCUUUCCAGCUGACAGCACUUUUAGAGAUGAAGAUGUUUCGGAGUACUUUAGCAAUUUUGGACCAGUUCAAGAUGUAAGGAUUCCAUACCAGCAGAAGCGAAUGUUUGGAUUUGUUACAUUUGUCUACCCAGAUACUGUGAAGCACAUUUUGGCCAAGGGGAAUCCUCAUUUUAUAUGUGAUUCACGUGUGCUUGUCAAGCCUUACAAGGAGAAAGGAAAAGUUCCGGAUAAGAGGCAACAUCAACAACAGCAACUGGAGAGGGGAGAAUUUGCUCCUUGUUUGAGCCCUUCUGGGCUCGACUCUAGAGAGCCCUAUGACCUCCAUGUUGGAGCUAGAAUGCUCUAUAAUACUCAAGAGAUGUUAUUGAGGAGAAAAUUGGAGGAGCAAGUUGAACUACAGCAGGCCAUUGAACUCCAAGGAAGGAGAAUGAUGAAUCUGCAGCUUCCAGACUUGAAUGAUCGUAUGCCCCAUCACCACCGCAGUCUGUCUGUUGGUUCUCCAGUUCCCUUACCCCCUCAGCCUGAUGCUCACAUCAAUCAAAAUGUCACAAUUCCAUCCGACAGCAGCACUCAAGAAAUUGCAGAAGGCCACAGUGACAAUCCUGCUGCAGCUGCUGAGCAUCUCCUUAAGCAGGAGGUGAAUCCAGCUUGUCUUCACAACAAUAGCAGUGGCAACAGCAAGGAGGAGAGUUUCAAUCCAGAAGAGUUUGAUAACCAGAAAAGUCAUGGGAGCAAUGUAGAUCAGGUCCUUCCUGAUAGCUUUUUGCCUUCUCCUACAAAAUCAGCGGGAGUUCUCUCUGACUUCUCUGCUGCUACGAUGGAGGUUAAUGAGAGCGCUGCAUUCUCAACUACUCAAUCUUCAGAAUACAACUCUUUACUGCCCACCACUUCUGCCAGUGACAAGGCUUUGCAAUAAUUUCUGAAUGUUAAGGUUUUUUAUUGGCUUGAAGCUUUUGCCAUGUAGGUUUUAUAAUAAAGGUCAACAUGGCAGCAGGGAUAGACUUUGCUAGGAGAGGUAGAGAAGCAUAUAGAAGGAAGAAAAUUCUCUAAAUGUAUAGCAGAAUUAUACCUACAACAAAAGAGUAGAUCCAUAGAGAAGAUCUCAACCAGGUCAUCACCAUCAGCAGCAAUACAUACUACUAACAGCAAAUACAUAUUCCAUACAUAAAGACAGAUGAAUUGAUUUGAGAGUAGAGUAGGAUGUUUUCUCUUUUCUACUUUUGUACCUUCUCUGUAGGUGUGUUUCUGGACCACACAGACUAGAGCAGAACAAAGGAUUGUAACUUGUCUUUACAAUGCCAUCUACACCUUUCUUUUUAGUAGAAUUGGAUUUUGUGCUAAGAGAAUCAGACCUAUAUGUACAAGCUAAACGUUUAGCACACAAAAGAAGUUUAGAGGAGCCUAAACAAAGUGUUUAUUAAAUGGACAUUGAAGCUGGUUUUUUUU